UGGGGGGGAUAGUGUAGGUGGAGUGGAGGAGCAGGAGGAUCUUAUUUUUUGAUCAGGAGCCUGCCUUCUUGACCGAGUGAGUGCCAGCUUAUCCCAUGGUGCUAUCGGGUUGUCUUGAUCGUGUGCUGAGAGUGGGUUGAUUGCUGAUGCUGGUGCCUGUGCUUCGUUCAGUCGUUGGUGCUGGUGGUCCAUCUGCUGCUGCUUCUUCUGCAGGCUUGGCUGGGCUGCUGUUGCUACCACCGGACGAGCAGGCUGGCUGGCUUCUGGCCCUCGAUUCCAUUUGACGGACACUCACACUUGCACUCUCAUCUCACGCGCUCGCGCACACACACGCUCACUUACACUUACACACACAGGCUCUAUCACUUAACAUUAGAGAGAUUGUCACAGUAAAAACAAAAAUAGAGACCUCGAACACUCACAUAGGGUCGCGAGGUCGGCAAGCUGCUCCUUCGUCUGCCUCCUUGCUUCCGAUCGAACUGAGCCCAUUGCGUCGGUCGGGGAUUUCCUUUCCCUUGCUUCGUCAUAGAUUUAGAGUAGCACGUUGGCCCUCUCUGCGCAGGUCAAAACUUGUGUUGUUCUUCUUCUGUCGGUCGUGUCGGCCGAGACGGGACGAGACGAGAGAGAGGAUCUCUGGAAUUGCAAGCAAGCGAGGGAAGAGCGCGUUUUUUAGGAUCUGUCUAUUUAUCUUUCCUUUUUAUUUCACGUGGAGAAAUCUCGGGAAAGCUCCAGGGGUGAGACACGGGUGAGGUUACAGGUGCUACUUGGCUGCGUCGCCGCGUCAAUCGCCGAGGGCCGAGAAGUGGAGCCGGCUUGAGGCGGAGCCAAGGGGAGGACCAAUUGGAGGCGUUUGGGAUUGGAGUCAGGAGGAGCUUGGAGUUAGAGCAUGGCCUUCGUCGGUGGGAACCCCGGCGUGCGAGCUUAGUCUUAGAUGAAUGGGAGUAAUUGCAGUGAGGAUUGUAUUGAGGGCCUGAGGUCGUCCGUCUCUCUGUUGCAGCGGCAGCAGCAGACGCAGCAGCGCAGGAGUGGUAGUGGCGGUGGUACGCAUCGACAGGUGCACUGCAUGAACAGAGGAUAUUGUGAGCAGGAGAGUCAUAAAGGGCUGAUCUUGGACUUUUUUGGGGUGAUUGGUUUUCCAUCGAAGGGAAAUUUGACUGUUGUGGAGUUAGGCCUCCUUUCAUAGCUCUCACAUCCGGUGACUUCAAUGUUCAUGGUCUCCUGUUAGAAAGUUUAUGGCCUGUCGGACUCUAGCGCGAUCUGUCCUUCCGUGCUCUUGAUCCGCAAGUUUGCCCCUUCUUCGCAUGACUAGCAUACAAUGCCGAGCAGUAGACAAUGAGCAAACAGCAGGUCACAUUCACUUCGAAAUCUAGGAACUCUUCGUAGGUGACGAAGGGCCCGUAAUGCGAUGGGCCAGUGCUACGGUAAGUGCGAUGAUGCCAAGCAGCCACUGACUAAACAACCCGAGCCCAAGUCCAAGGUUCGUACCUAUGUAAAUGGAGGGGUCUCUCCGUUCCACCCCAAAUUCUCGUCUGGUGCCAACUCUCCUGUUCCUGCCAGCCCACUUCCUAAUUUCCCUGCCUCGCCUGCACCUUCGACACCCCGCCGGCUCUUCAGAAAGCCCUUUCCUCCUCCCUCUCCUGCCAAACACAUCCAGUCUUCUCUAGCCAAGAGGCAAGGCACUUCCAAACCCAAGGAAGGAGUCGUUCAAGAAACCACCGAGAGCGAAAAGCCUCUCGACAAAGUUUUUGGAUACGCGAAGAACUUCUCCGCCAAGUAUGAGCUCGGUCACGAGGUCGGGCGUGGGCACUUCGGUCACACAUGCCUGGCGAAGGUCAGGAAAGGGGAGCUCAAAGGCCAGCCUGUUGCUGUGAAAAUCAUCUCGAAGGCUAAGAUGACCACAGCGAUUGCUAUCGAGGACGUGCGCAGGGAGGUGAAGAUUCUGAAAGCGUUGACUGGCCACCACAAUUUGGUCCGCUUCUACGAUGCCUGCGAGGACAACCUGAAUGUAUACAUUGUCAUGGAGUUAUGUGAAGGUGGUGAACUACUUGAUCGUAUUCUUUCAAGGGGAGGUAGAUACUCAGAGGAAGACGCAAAGGUGGUUGUCAGCCAAAUACUGAGUAUCGUGGCCUUCUGUCAUCUUCAAGGAGUUGUCCACCGUGAUCUCAAACCAGAGAAUUUCCUCUUCACAACAAAAGACGAGAGCGCACCGCUGAAGGCCAUCGAUUUCGGAUUGUCCGACUUCAUCAAACCUGAUGAGAGAUUGACAGACAUAGUAGGUAGUGCCUACUACGUUGCUCCGGAAGUCCUUCAUAGGUCGUAUAGUAUGGAGGCGGAUGUCUGGAGCAUUGGAGUGAUAACCUACAUUUUGCUGUGUGGAAGUCGCCCUUUCUGGGCUCGCACAGAAUCUGGAAUAUUCCGAGCAGUACUUCGUGCAGAUCCUAGUUUUGAUGAAGUGCCGUGGCCAUCCGUGUCACCCGAGGCAAAAGACUUCGUGAAGCGGCUCCUCAACAAGGAUCUGAGAAGACGGAUGACUGCAGCUCAGGCUUUAACACAUCCGUGGAUCCGAGAUGACAACAACAAAAUCCCCUUAGAUAUAUUGGUGUACAAACUAGUCAGAUCUUAUCUUCGGGCUUCGUCUAUGAAGCGAGCUGCUCUAAGGGCGCUGUCGAAGACUUUAACUGAAGAUGAAUUGAUCUACCUUCGGGCCCAGUUUAUUUUGCUUGAGCCUAACCGGAAUGGUCGAAUCUCUUAUGAGAAUUUUAGAACGGCACUUUUGAAAAAUGCAACGGAAGCCAUGAAAGAAUCGAGAGUUUUCGAAGUGCUGACCACAAUGGAUGCACUGACGUUCAAGAAAAUGGACUUCCAAGAAUUCUGUGCCGCAUCAAUUAGUGUACAUCAGCUUGAGGGGACAGAUCGAUGGGAGCAGCAUGCUCGACAGGCCUACGAGUAUUUUGAGAGCGAAGGCAAUCGUGUUGUUGCUAUCGAAGAACUUGCUCGGGAAGUAGGACUCGGACCUACAGUUCCUGCGCAAGUUGUACUGCACGAAUGGGUCAGACAUUCAGACGGAAAAUUGAGUUUUAUUGGCUUCACUAAGUUGCUACAUGGGGUUACCCCAAGGUCUAACACGAGGUCGCAAUAAUGCUUUUGUAUGGUCCUACAAUCUCCCCUCUCAACAGCUUCUCUACAUCAUGUAUUACUCUAGCAGAGAACCCAUUGUUUUCACCGCACAGGUUUUUACGUUCUUAUUGCAAUUUGCUUGGGUGGAUCUUGUGUUGGUCCUUCUCCCUUAGCUUAUAGUUGCUUUUGAGACCUCAGAUUUCUUGUUUUCGCAGUGGUUGUGCAAGAAUUCACUAACCUUAAUCUACCCAAUUAUGGGAGGAGGCCACAUUAGCUUCCGAGCUACCAAGCGUUUACCCAAGGCUCCUCACUGACUGUCUCGGCAGAUUUGAGCCACCAUGUUUUAAAGAAAACCAUUUACUUCCCAUGUAGGAAAAUUCUGGCAAGCAAUUCUGUGCUGCAUUGGCAAGAGUUGAAAGUAUUUAUAGUGAUGUGUAUAAACAAGCAGAGUAUUGAACAGUUGAAUGCGAUUGGUGUACUCUGAGUAAGAUAUGUGGGAAUUUUUCCGUUGCCUGAGUUCUAAUCGACAGUCACUCCACUUUGUGCCAAUAGGCUCUUCACCGGACUUGAGUAUGUCAUUGAAUUUUCCUUGCAGCCACAAGUUGAGAUCUAAGGAAUAUGCUCGAUGGUUGUUUGUGUAUCUGGUAUGCAUGUGAGCAGAACUGAGCUAUGGGGUGAAGAGCCGGGCCAUGGAUGGGAAACUCUUUCUUGGGUUGUACAAAGCUUUUGACCUAUGCGCUUUGUGGUGACUACUUAGACCCUGAGCUUGUUAUUGUUUCUUAGGUUACUAGCUCUACUUUAAAGAGGCGUCCGGAAGCGCCGAGCCUGUCAGUGUUGGGCAAGUACAUGGAGAUUCAACCGCGGGUACUUUUUUUGUGGUCACAAGUCACCAGGACAGAACGCUGAAAGCAAUCAUGAUGUACUUGAUGUUGUGAAGAUGAUAUUUCCUUGCAGCA